CUCGACAAUUCCGCCCGCACGACGGAGGAGGUCGUGGGCAGGACAACGACUUAUGGUGGUAGCGGUAACGGCAGUAGGGAUUGGAAUUGCAACUACUGCACUCAAUAGAAACACGGUGUUUGAUAUUGUCAUAUCCUCGCUAAGAACUAGGAAGAUCGGGGACUGUGAUUGUCCGAUAGCCUUCUACUCCCGUCAGCUCCUGCCCGCCGAGAUAAACUACACUGCUGAUGAACGUGAGGUUCUCGCAGUAGUUUAUGCCGCUCGGCAUUGGCGUCACUACCUGCACGGGGCACCAUUCACUGUGCGCACGGACAACUCUAUUGUCCAGGCUUUUCUGACAAAGCCGAAGCUCACUCCUCGACAGGCUCGAUGGUGGCGCGACCUAUCCGAGUUUAGUUUCACCACUGAGCACAUCAAGGGUGAGACUAAUCGGGUCGCCGAUGCCCUAUCCCGGCGCCCUGACCACGACCAGGAGCACAUCCAACUCUCUUCCAUCUCGGUCAGCACCGUCCACCACUCGGUGUUCGACGAGUUUCGCACUCAGUACCGCCACUGCCCCGACUAUCACGACAUCCACGCGACCCUUCGGAGUGGCAAGACCGUCCCGAACUACUCUCUCGGGGACAACGGUCUUGUGUACUGGCACGGUUCACAGGGCACCAGAGAGUCCCGUAUUUGUGUUCCCUCCACUGGACAGCUACGUGUCCGAGCAGUAGCAGAGUUCCAUGCCCAGGCAGCUGUUGGUCAUAUGGGCUUCCACAAGACGUUAGCUCGUGUGAGCUGCCUGUACGUCUGGCCGAAGCGCAAGGACUUUAUGAAGGACUACGUCGCAGAGUGUCCCACUUGUCAGGAGGUGAAAAGUGCGAACCACCUACCUUAUGGUUUGCUCCAGCCUCUUCCUAUCCCUGAGGGUCGUUGGCAGUCCAUCUCGAUGGACUUUAUCGGUCCUCUUCGACCUCSGACCCCCCGCGGUCAUGAUGCUAUCCUGGUCCUCGUCGACCGCUUCACGAAGCGUGCACGCUUUGUUUCGUGCCGCUAUGCCAUCAGUGCACGUGAGGUCGCCGACAUCGUAUUUGACCGAGUCGUGCGUGACCACGGCUUACCUCUGAGCAUCAUAUCUGACUGUGACCCGCGCUUUAUCAGCCGAUUCUGGCGACGGCUCCACGAGGUGUACGGCACUCAGCUCCGCUUCUCCUCGUCUUACCAUCCUCAGACUGAUGGUCAGACCGAGAUCACGAACAAGACUCUCGGGGAUAUUCUUCGAAAGAUUGUUCGUGACGACCAGCAGUGGGAUCUCCAUCUUGCCCACGCGGAGAUAGCCUACAACCACGCCGUCUCGCCAGCCACGGGGUCGUCACCUCACUAUUGCGACCUCGGCUAUCACCCGCGUGUUCCCGCGGACUUCCUUCGACCAUCCCAGAUGCACCCCGACACGAGUUGUCCCGCGCUGGAUGAUUGGGUUGCACACAUGACGUCGAUUACGAAGAUCGCACAUGAGCACAUAGCCGCUUCCCAGACUCGCAUGGCAGCACGUGCGAACCGAUCGAGGAUGGAUCACCCAUUCAAAGUCGGUGAUGAUGUGCUUAUCGACGCCCGCCACUUACAGCUCGAAGCGGACACGCUUCGCAAAUUUCGACGUCGCUUCUUUCGCCCAUGCCGCAUCCUCCAGGCCGUUGGUUCUGAUACGGCAUCUAGCCCGGUCAACUUUCGUGUGAAGCUGCCCGACUACCUACGCCAGACUCGUGUGCAUGAUGUCUACCACGUCUCGUUACUGCGUCCUUACCGCAGACCGUCUGAGCGUUUCGCUGGACGACCAUACGAGCGCCCUCCACCCAUCAUGGUGGACGGCCACGAUGAGUUCCUCGUUUUAGACAUCAUUAGUCGCCGAGUCACCGACGACAACCCUCCCCAAGUCGAGUAUCUCGUACGUUGGAAGGGUUACCCUGAUGAGGAGGCUACCUGGGAGCCCCUCGAGCACUUGCAGCACGCUCGCAUGGUGGUGCGUGCCUAUGACCGUGCUCGUCGUGCUGGGUUCACUGCUCCUCCUCAGCCCACUGAUCCUCCUCCUUCUCCUCCGGCUGAGGAGACCGCUGAAGUUGAGCCUGCUCCAUCUGAGGCAGACCUUCAGCGGCAGCCGGAUGCCUCUGAGCGUCCACAGCGCACUCGUCGUCGUCCUGCUCGAUACGACGAUUGACUCUGACUUACCUUCCCACGUAUUUGACUUCUCAGUACUCCAUCCACAUC